AUGUUGACCAAGGCGACUGGUCUCUCGAUUGAGAUAUGGGCGAUGAUAGUCGACUAUGUUCUCCGGCCUACGGACCUCAAGAGCUUGUCCCUCACGUGCAAGCAGCUGCACCAGAUCGCGGUGCGCAAUUUGUACCGCGAGGUGACUCUGAACGUCGGCAGCACGGCUGACCUCAAUCUGGGCGCUUUCCUCAACCCCCGCAACAUCGGGCUGAACUACAUCCGCCGCCUGCACAUCUACCUUGCCGAGGUCGAGGACAAGCGCAACCAGCUGCAGCAGGCCCACUUUGCUGUGCGCAUGAUCCUGGAGUUCCUGCCUGAAAACAUUCUCGAGCGGUUUUCUUGGCACCCAUGGCAGCCGUUCUCUGCGGACAACCUACUGCUGCUGUACCGCAAGCAGCGCCAUAUGACAUGGCUGGAGGGCAUCUCGCUCGACAAGAACAUCCUGGACCAGCUGGAGCACUCGUCGGAUUUGGAGGGCAUCGCUGAGCACACCCGCACCCUGGGCCUGUAUCCCGAUAGCGGAGAGGUGCUGGAUCUGUGCAACAUCCUGCUGCGGAAGAACAAGAAGGUCGACAAGCUCAUCGUCAAUGCCAGCUUCCAUCCCGCUGUGAGCUCGUUCUCGCCUCGUGAGCUGCACGAUUCGAGCACCGGGCCUGGUUUGAUCACCUCGAGGCUGUUUGGACACAUGAUUCCCCUGGAGCACUGUAAGCCUCUAGCCCUCACCGAGCUUACGCUGCAGAAGGUGCAUCUGCGGUACUCGGCGGAGACGUGGUGCCGUGCCAUCAAAUUCUCCACGCUCAAGAAACUUGCUAUUUUCGACUGCCCUGGAGCAUGCACUCUGUUCGCCGAGCUGAGCAAGCCAACUAAGCUGCCGCAGAACCUCGAGACGCUGGAGUUCAAGCACGAGGACAACCGCGAGAGCGACGCGCUGCACGCUCUGGACAACUUCCUAUGCCUCGUCACCGGACUCAAGGCCAUCACCAUCGACAUCAGCAACGUCAAGGAGCUGCCCGCCGCCGCAGGCAUCAGCAGACACGGCAAGACGCUGAAGCUGCUCAACGUGCACGCCAACGCGGCGGACCUGCUGGAGGACGAGUACGUGUACAGCCCGCUGGACUUUGAGAGCAUCUGCAGGGAAUGCUCGGAGCUGGAGCAGAUGUCGGUCGGUUUCCCGGCGACCAGCAUCGUCUCGGACAAGACGGACAGCUUCGCCGCCUUCGAGAACGCUCUCAACUACCUCCCCAAGCUCGUCUCUCUCAACAUCACCACGUGGCCCAAGAACAACAACAGCCUCGGCUCCCUCCCACGCAACAUCUACGCCCUCCUCGUCCAAAACGUCGCCCAAUCCAUCCUGUAUUCCCACAACCCGCACCCCGUCUCUUCCGACGCCCACAGCGACACCGACUCCGUCAUCACCGCCGUCGACCACCAUCACCAUCAUCACCACGACCACCACCACCAUCACCGCUCCCCCCGCCACUCCCACCUCAACCUCAUCGCCUUCGGCAGCACCGACGCCGCCACCGCGCACGCCGCCGCGCUCCUCGACGACAGCCGCACGCAGCUCGUCUUCGUCAAGGGCCGCCAGCUGGGGCCGUUCGGCGAGGAGGCGCCGCUGGCCGUCGGUGUGAAGGGCAGGCUCAGGGAGUACGUCGAGCCGCGCAGCGAGGUGCUGGAUUUCGGGCUCGCGCGCGCGCGGAAGAUGCCGAGCGGGGGUGAGGAUUUGGGGGUCGGGAUGGGGGUGGGGUGGUUGGCGAAUUGA